GAGCCUGGAAGGGCCAGGAUUAAAUAAAGCCUUUGUCCCUCAGUCCCCAUCAGCAUGUUCUGUCCCUGUAGCACACCCUUCUACCCUGGCCUGUCACAUUGGAAGGGUCCUCAGAGAACAUCUGCUCCUGCCCUGUCCAGGUCAGGAUGGUAAAUUGAGGCUUAGAGGGAAAUAUGUCUGCCCAGCAGGUGAGGGGAUGGCCUGGGGAGAGAGGCCAAGGCAGGACAGGCCUCCAAUGUCAUCUUGGGAACAAGAGGCCCAGCACAGCUACCCCUGGGCUAUCAUCCCUCUCCUCCUGGCAGAGAAUUCUGAGAAGAUGCCUCUGGACUCUUCUCUCCUCUCUACCUCUGACGUCUGCAUUCUCCCCAGACCACAACCCCACUCUAUGUGCUAUCCUGUCUCUUGAUAGGGAACUGAGGACACCCUUCCCCUUGCCACAGGCCAAGCUCGACCAAGUGCUGGGGACCAGGAGACGAGCGAAUCUUGGCCUUCUCCGCGAGUCCCCAGUCUACGGGUUGGGAGAGCUCCCUGCAAGUCCCUUCCCCCAGCUCUGAGGCCAGUACGCAGCACAGACCACGUGGUCCCCAGCAAAUCCAACUGGUCUCAAGGCUCCCGGGACUCUAGCCCCCCGUCUGAACCUGCUCUGCUGGGCCCUGGCUCCAACUGCGCUCGGGCAGCCAGCGGCCAGAGCCUCCCUCUUGCUCCAGCUCUGCCUGCAACAGCUUGCCAGUCCCCGGGUGGCUCCGGUGAUCCUGCAUUGUGCCUCCAGCCCCUGCCAGCCGCUGAAAUCGCACAGGCACUCAGCACAGGCCCGGCCUCCAGGAAGCCCUCGCGCUGCGCGGCCGAUUUCCUCCAGCCCGCCACGGGGAUCAGGAUGAACUGGUAACCCCGGGAGCUGUUUGAUGGACUCAUUUCUCAAGCCCAAAACCGGGUGGCUCAGACACUUGAUUGAUCUAAGAACAUGAAUAGAGAGAAGGAGGGGGCCUCGUUUAGUACACUCAGAAUUUAUGAUGAACCAGAGGAGUGGAGGAACGUGCUAGAAAGCUCUGGCAUUUCCUCCCAGCAUGAGCACCAAGCAGAAUCCCAAGCAGAGGGGGAGUGUGGGAUGCCUCAGCAGCCCCCGGCUCCCCAGACGCCGCAUGGCCCGGUUUAUCAGGAGAUGAGCUCUGGGACCCCACAACAGUGGGUCCUCCAGCCUCUGGACAGAUCUGAGCUCCAGGCCAGCUGGCUUUCUGAGGCGGAGCCAGAAGCAGCAGCAGAACUGGAUCGCAGCUUCCUGCCAGGACCCGAGUGUGGCCAGCCUUGCCCCUCGCCACCUCCCAGUGAAGAAGUCUGGUCAUUCCUCAGGGCAAUUGCUCCCGUUCCUGAUGAAGUGGUGGUCAGGCAGAGAGCCCCACGGGAGUCCUGGAAGGUUGGCAAUGUCCGCCAUGGAAAGAAGGUCUACGCCAUUGCCAUCAGCGGCUCGACUCACCACGUGUACACGUGUGGGCACGGCUACAUUAAGGUGUGGGACGAGAGCGCUCUGCAUGCCUGCAACAAGGCCCCACAGGCCCAGCUGGACUUCCAGGACCAUCAGAGCCGUGUCCUCGCCUGCAAGCUGCUGCCUGAUGAGCAGAGCCUGAUCACUGGGGGUCUGUCCCGGAACCUGACUCUUUGGGAUCUGGCACCCACGCCCCGCGUCAGGGCACAGCUGGCCUCCACAGGCCCCAUGUGCUAUUCCCUGGCUCUCUCCUCCAAUGCCCAGAUCUGCUUGGCUUGUUUCAAAGGAUUUGUCGAGAUUUGGGACUUGCAGAACCAAAUCUUGAUCAGGAAGCACGAAGUCCCUGAAUAUGGAUCCCGAUGCGUGGACAUCGCAGGCAAUAAGUUCUGGACAGGAGGUGAAGAUGCCAGCCUGUAUUCCUGGGACCUGAGGAACUACCAGAGGGUGCAGGAGCACCAUUUCCGGCAUGAGAUCCUCAGCAUUACCCAUGACCCCAGUGAAGAGUGGGUGCUAGUAGGCUUGAGAAACAGUGACAUCAUAAUCCUACACACGCACCGGAGGGAGAAGUUGAAGGUUUUCUUUAACAAAUACAUCCACCACCACAACCUCAAGUUUUCCUCCUGUGGGAGCUAUUUUGUGACCACGCUGGAUGAAUCGAUCCAUUGCUUAGCCGCACCUUCUCUACAAAGACAGAGGAGUCUACAGAUAUCCUGUGUUGUGAUGUGUCCUCUGACAACCAGUAUCUGGUCACAGGCUCCAAGAACAGUGCCACCGUUUACCAGCUCUUGUAUUGAAGGUUGGCGUGCUGUGAUCCUGCUGGCGAAGACCCAGGGAAGGUCAGCAGGUAGAGCGGAUGACCACUUCCGUGCCCCGGAUACCUCCACCUUAACCCUCGAUGGACCGUCAUCUGUCCAUUCCCCCCGCCCCUGGCACACGCUCAGCCUGUGCUCUCAGGUUUUUAUGAGAUGGCUUAGGGGUUUUUCCUUUGUUAUUUUUCUACCACUGAUUUCUGGGUUUGGGUGGGGAAACCUGACUUUAUAACUAACAAAAUAGAAAAGCAAAAACCAAAAUGGC